CGGAAUCACAUGUACAAUUGUCAGAUUUUAAGUUUUAUAUAUAGGAUUUGAAGUUUUUCUGAUAUAUGAUAGUUUAGACUGGGAAUAAAUUAGUCGACUGGUAUAUAAAUUUGUGACAAACAGUAAAGGAUGUCAUUUUACCUGUUACAGGUAGACAAGACAAGUAGAUUUUACUAAAAUUAACAAUGUGGACAGGUGUAAUUGCACUUUUUCUUUGACUUUUAAACGUUUUUACCUGAAGGUGUUUUCCGGUGUACCUCAAGACGUCUAAAUCAGCUGUUAUCGUAGAAAUCAUUGAACGGUCACUACAGAUUCCAACUCUCAAGGCUAUUCGUUUUAUCACCGUCUAACUGAAAAAAAGUACGACGGACAGAGUUGGGCACCAGUGAACAGAAGAAAACUUUCAUUUAUUUCGGACAGUAUAAUCUUUUACGCUGGAUUCCCUGCUUGGAGAAACGAUGAUAUACACACUGACUCAACCCAUGAGCCCCAGCCCGGGGCUCCACAGUGCUGGAGUUAGUCCUGUUGUCAGUCCAGUAGUUAGUCCAAAUGUUAGUCCCGUUACCACAGUCUCACCGAUGUCUCUCACCCCCGGGAUCAUGCAUUUGAUUAACUAUGGAGACAAGGAUCUGGGAUUGUUACUUUCUCAACGUAUGGAAUUGGUAUGGCACGGUGAAUUUGAGAGAUUAUUUGCACAGUACUUCCCCCAUGGUUGGCAGUUGAUACCAACAUUUAACCCGCCAACAGAUGGCUGGAGAAUUUUUAAAGACAGUGCCAAAGUUAGAUUCUCGUGUCAGGACUGCGGACAUGGAUGGACAUCAAUGAAAGGACGAGUAAUAUUUUGGUUUAAUCUAAAUUACGGAGCAAACUCCGGACUUGUUAUGUUUAAACUCUACGGACAGCAAUGCCAAAGAUGUAAAAAUGGAAAAUAUGAACAUGCCAUGUGGUACCCAGAAGAAGUGGUGAAGGUACUAGGUAACGUAUACAACAGGGUAGGCCAAAUAUACUACGGAUUUGUUCGUCCUCCAUUACGGAUUGACAGACGCGCAGGAAAACCACGCAACCAGCACAACGCAGAACUAUGUCAAGCCUGCAAAGAUGGUCUAUGUAGAGAAGAAUGGUCGUUUUCCUGACGACAGGGAAUGAUAGUCAGUACAUCAAAGUGACGUCUGCUCGAAAACAAUCAAAGUUCGAUAACCCUUGUGAGGACAUUCGUGCUAAAUGUGAGAGUGAAAGCUGGUGCAGAUAUGUAAAGAUUAUGUUUAGUUUGUUUACUUUAUGUAAUGUCUCUAUUUACGUCUUCCAUUGUGUCAUAAACUCAAUUAAUUUCCAUGGUUUGUCUAGUUUUUUUUUCGUGGUUGACGUGAACAUGUUUGUUAUGUAGCUGUACAUGUAUUUUGAUAGUGACCUUUUGUUGUUUCAGUAGCACUGUGGUUUGUUACGUAUAAUGUUAAAUAUUUUUAUAAUAUUUUGCGUUCUUUAAAUUUUAAUUAGUAUUGUUUUACAAAAUUUAGAUUAAUUGUUAUAGUUAGAUAUAAAGUGCGCCACUUAAAUUGUAUGCAACAAUCUUUUAUUUGUAUGACCCUAUUAUGGCAGUCUUUUGCAUUUAGUCUAUUUAAUGUUAUGUAAAGUAUUUUUCAUGUUUUGUCCAUGCUUUUAGAAUAUAGAUUUUUCAUUUUUUUCCAAUUUUCAAUGUAGUUUUGUACGAUUGUUAUGUUUCGACUCUUGUUUUAGAUCAAAAUAUACAUAAACAUGAAGUCUUACUUAUGACAAAGUGAAUAUUUAGGUACUUUUCGCAAGUGUCUUGAUAACGAAAACAAAAGUCAAUUUCGUUUAACUUCAAAUCUUUGUAAAAUUAGGAAACACAUUUAAUGAAAUCUUUUUGAAUGCUUACAAUGUAUGACACCAUAGCUUAUUUAUAUGCAGUAUAUGCACAUUAUGAGAACAUUUAUUUCUGGUCAGUAUUAAAUGAAUAACUAGAUAAGUAAGGAAUGUCAUAGCAGUUGGAACAUUUAUUUCUGGUCAGUAUUAAAUAAAUAACUAGAAAAGUAAGGAAUGUCAUAGCAGUUGGAACAUUUAGGUUGCAGGCAGAUUUACUUUCUGUUGUUUUUGUACUGUUAAUAUGUCAAAACAAAUGAGGGGUCUACAAAAAAUCUCUUUUGAUAUCUAAAAGUUUUCGUUGUUACUAAACUGAAGUAAAAUGUAAAAACACAGGGUCAAACUGCCCUAUCAAAUAGGCUUAAGCAUAAUACCUCUUUUCCGUAAAAUGCAUGUUAACUAAAAAAAAUCAUUAGGUUGUCAUAUUUCAUAUUUGUUUCGUAGUUAUUACUUAAUUGAUAAUCUUAUUGUUGUCCAUGGAUAUCAUUCAUUAUCAUUAAAGUUCAUGUUAUUGAUUUUAUGGUUGUGAUAUUAUGAAGUGCUUCCAAACAGUAUAUACAAUUAUUCGUUUAAUGUAAAACAAAAUGUUAUAUUUCUAACUGAUAUAUUUUUAAUAUAUUUUUUAUUUACACAAUGGUACUCGUACAUAUCGUUAUCUUAUAACUUUGGACUUCAUAACCACAACUUAUUAAGAUAGUCGGAUAAAAGAUAAGGCAUUUACACUUAGGCGAUUGAUCAUGUCAAUAUUAAAAACUACCUUAUAUUUCAAUAUUUUGAAUCAUACAACUAGUAAAACCUGCUAGUGUAUUUUUUUCAAUAAAAAUGUUAAAAAACUGAGAACAUAAAAUAUGUUUUUUGAAAACGUAAAGGUUAGUAUUUGUGUUUAAUUUACUUAAACAUAUUAGUGUUAUAUCAUGAUUUUCGUUGAUGUAAACUAUAUAAAAAAGGACCAAACCAACAUCUUCAAACGGUGACAUUGUUACAAUGACAGUUAUUUAUAACAUUUUGCGAAUUCAUAAGAUAAAAUAGUUCCUGUUAGUUUAAUGAUCUUACAUGAUCGUAAUCGUUACAAGUGAAAAGAUGCCACUAUAUCAGACAAUACAAUAUAGGUAUUUGUUGAUCUCAAUUAAAGAACUUAUAUCGCCAGUACAAUAUAAAUUUAUAAUAUAUCUUUAUUACAAACAUUAUUUUAGUAUUAUUCAUUUGCAUCACAAAGUUUACUAACGAUGUCUAUGUAAGGAUCAGACUGUAUGUUGCAUAUUAAAAUAUCGUCCAUAAAAUGUCAACUAAAUUGUGCCUUCACACUUUAACACUACAAUGGUGUCAAAAACGAGGAUAUACGAAUUAGCUUAUUUUAUUGAAUUUUCUACAGAAUAUUUAAUUUGUAUUAUGUUGCAUUUAAUAUAUGCUUUAUAACGUGACGUUCCUGGUGCUUGAAGUGCCAUGUAGCAAGGCUAUGUUAGUAACGCUCAACAUUUCAUUUAAGGUGGUACCUAACACUACAGGGAGAUAACUCUGUAAAAAUCAGCUAAACGUUUUAAUCAUGUUGUAUUGUUAAGGAAAUAUCAAGAUUCUCAAUGAUCAAAAUUAGUGUUUGUCAAACUGCUAUAUAACCAGUGAAAUUUUUCUGAUAAAGUGGUUGGUUCAGAUUAUUUGAAAUUUUUAUAUUUUUGUCAAAGGGUCAAAGUAAACAUUUUGUCAAAAUUUUAGGAAAAUUAAACGAGCCAAAUUAAUAUUAGUCAAGGUGUUGGGUACCACCUUAAACAUUUUCGAUGUUAAUCAUUGCAUUAGAUUUAGAAUGUUUUACUAUAGUUUCAUUUUAGCAAUAUAGUGAUGCAAUUCUAGUAUUGUCGCCGCGACAUAGCCCUCAUGCGCUGAUGUGGCUUUAAACAAACAUCAAUCAAUCAAUCAUUUUAGUAUUGAUGUAUUGCCUGCAAUGUUAGCGACAGCAAGUUGCAAACUGUUCUCUGUUCUUCAUUAUGAUCAUAUUUUGUUUUAAAUUUUAGUAAAUCAUACUUGUCAGCACAGCAUAUUAAAAUUUCAUACGCUUUUACUUUUGCUGCGUGCAACAGUUAUUUUUCUACAUAAUUAUUUAAAGAACAAUUCUAAAUAGCUAGAAAUUUAAAAAUGUAAGUGUAAUUUACCCAAGUAGAAUAAAAUAGAACACGUUUCUUUCAUCCAGAAUAAAAUGACAAGUAUUCUUUUGAUACUGAUUUUCUCCUGGAUCGCGAAGACGGCUAUCAGUUAUGAGUAAAACAAACUUGUUCAUUCUACCAAUGUGACCUUAUGGCAAAGAAAUCAAUCUACGUAUUUUAACAUUUAAUUAGAUAAUUAACUUAUCAAUGGUAUUUUAGAACUCGGUUGACAUGUGAUGUAUACAAAUCAUAUUUUAAUUUGAAAAGGCGUUGAACAUUUUCACCAUCAAUAUUUUUGAUGUAAGAUAACUUUCUUUAUAGCUAGCUUUUAAUUUUUUGAAAUCAUUGAUUUUACAGUCUAUUUUCACCAUUGUGUAGAAGUUUAUGAAGUUUAUUUUGUAUUUCAUUUUUACCAUUUUCUUUCAGUUGAUCCGUUUUUAACUGUGUGAUAUCAUGUUUUUAACAAAUUGAUUUUUGGUGGUUUGUAUUUUUGCUUUAUGUAACAAACUUCGCUAUUGUAAAUAUUCAUGUUAACAAUAUAAUAAAUUCAAUUUCUGCAACACAUAUAACGAUUCCCCCUUUUAUAUCGUAAAUCAUACGAACAACUUAAAAAUUCCUUGUGGAGAGUUAAUAAUUCUUAUUUUAGACUAAUUUACUAUUGAUUUAUAUUCGAGGUUCGAAAACUAGUUUCAAAAUUGAACAUCAGUAAUGAUUAAAUACCCAUUUUUUGUUAUGUGUCAGCAACACAAUUUCUGACCUUUGUAUUGUUCUAUUUUAUAAUCUUUGAUAAUGCUUAUUUUUUGAAAGUUUUGAAAGAACAAUGAUCGAUAGAGAACCUGAGAAUAUCGAAGUAUUAAUUUUUGUUCCGAUCAUGAUUUAAGUUCCAGUGCUGUAAAAGACCUAGGAGGCUGCAGGCUAGUGUCUACACUGAAAGAGAUAAUCAAUUCUCAACAAUUUUAUAUACACUGAAACAAAGUUUCAUUGCAUUAUAUUAUAGAUGAUAAGCCAUUGUUUCAGUUUAGUUUUGCGUACAUUACUGGUCCAUGAAGUGGUUUGAUUGCGUAUUACAUAACACAGUUUCUUAAAAAUUAAAAUGUUGUAUGCAUUUAUUUUUGCUGUAUAAUAUAAAAUAAAUUUAAAACUGCUCAAAGUUUUGCAUUUACGAAUUUUAAUGCUAUAUUGUUGUAGAUUAAAUGGCAAAUGUGAUCUAAAAUAUGAAAGUAUUGCCUUUGAAAUCGAUAUGUAUUAUCUAUUUUUAUCUUGUAUUUCAAAAUUAGAUUAUAUAUUUACUGAAAUAGUUUUAUUUCUUGUUUGAAUUAAAUUCUUUAAACUAAA